GAAUUACUUAAUAAGACUAUUAACGAGUUCUACGAAAUAGUAUAUAUACUCGAGAUAUAUAGUAUCCUUCUAGCCCCUGGUAUAUUUAUACUGCCUAUUAUUAAAUAUAAACUAGAAGAACGAGCUAUAAUUACCAGAUUACUCUUCUAG